AUGGGCCAUGGGCGAUGGAGCCUCUCCCUUUGGUUCAUGCCUGACGCCUGUUUUGCUGUCGUGACAGUGGGCUCGACACCGCCAAAGCAGGGCAACGCAGGGCUGGCCGCCGAAAGAGGGGCGGGAGGCGGUAGUCGUACCCAAAUCGGGGACACUAGCGCACGGGCGCCGAUGUAA